AUGAAUGUUUCCCUAAGUGAGAAGGCUGAUGACAAUGAAACUAAUGACCAUGUUAACAUCAGGGGAAAAGCAAACGGGGAGAAGAAAGGACAACAUUUUUUUUCGAUCUUGGAAGGAAUCAGAGAGGAUCGUGAGAAGGUUACAGGAUAUGUAGAAAAUGUUAUCCCAAUCUACCUACCAGAUGACUUUAACAAGGCUGUUAAAUUCGCCUGCAGCAGGCUAAGGGUUAAAAGGAUGUUCCGAGUUUCAAGAGAAACAUAUUCGAAACUUUUGGGUUAUGUUUCCAGAGCUGAAGAAUUUGCUUUGAGAAAUCCAAAUAGAGGAAGAUCCCAGAUUCCUUUAGAGAAAGUACUGUUAAUAGUAUUAUGGUAUAUUGGUACACAGGAAUCAGCACAAAGUAUUUCCGACAGAUUUGGAGUACAACAGUUUACAUUUUACAAGUACCAAGAAAAAGUGAUGGACUAUUUUUGUAACAUUUUAUGUAGUUGGUUCAUUGUGUGGCCAAAGGAAGAUGAAAAAAAUGAGAUCAUCAGAAAUUUCCAAUCAAAGAAAGGCUUCCCGGACGUUAUUGGGGCAUUGGAUGGGUCACACAUUCCUAUUACACCACCAAAAGACAGACAGGGAGAGUACAUCAACAGAAAAGGCUUCCACUCAGUUGUGCUGCAGGCAGUCUGUAGGCCUGAUAAAAGAUUCACACAUAUCUACUGCGGUUGGCCAGGGUGAGUACAUGACGCCAGAGUUUAUCGGAACUCUGAUAUUUAUAGUAACCUUAAUGAACUAUGUGGACAUAAUCAUAUUCUUGGAGACGGAGCAUACCCAAAUAGUAGAUGUCUUUUGACCCCAUAAAGAGAUACUGGUCAUUUGACAGCACCACAGAAAUUGUACAAUAAAAUACAUUCUAGUACAAGAUGUAUAAUUGAAAACAGCUUUGGAUUACUUAAAGGAAGAUUUAGGCGUCUCCAGCAUAUUAAUAUAUAUGAUAUUGAGAAAGUUGUGAAAGUGAUAGUGAGUUGUUGUGUUUUGCACAAUAUGUGCAUUGUGAAUACUGAUGAGUUAGAUGAUAUAUAUGAGGAUCAUGUGGAUGAUAAUCCAGAUUGUCCACCACAAUAUCGCAUUGAAGAUGCUGAAGGAAAACUUAAACAUAUACUUAUUACAAGACAGUUGUCAUCUUAAGUAGUUUGCUGCUGUAAACAUAGUAAACAUUGCCUAAUUUUUUUUUCGUUAAACAGCCACUAGUAUUAGAAUAGUAUUGGAAGCUAAACAUUUAGAAGUCUUACAUACAUACAAUGUAUAAUGUGAAAAGGCAUAAAUACAAAGCUGAACGCAUUUGUCUUUAGACUCGUUAUUGAUAUUAUGCCAAUCAAGUGAAGUCAAAUACCAGAGAUCCCAGAGGGAUCUUGGCAUCCACAGAGUCAUUGUGACCUUGACCUUUGACCUAGUGACCUCAUUCUCAGUUGGGACACGGCACUGUGACCAAGUUUCAUUGAAAUCCACUCAGUAGUACCAAUUUUUAAGCUAGCAAUUUCAGAAAGUGCUUGUUCAUAAAUGAUGUAAAAUGAAUAAAUCUAAACUUUUAGCAUUUUUGAAAAGUUCUACCAAGUGGCUAUCAGGGGCAGUGUUACUUUUGUUUGAUGGCCAUCUAGCUAUCACAGUUGGUAAAGCCACAUAGACACAUCGUUUAAAGCCGCAGUGCCACAAAGGUUGAGGUCACAAUACAAUUUGCUCAAGGAGCAGUUGAGAUGAUCAUAUGUCAACCCAUUUAGACAUAUCUAUGGGGCGC